CAUACGACUGACCUUGGCUAUACGGAAGACGAAGCAGGGUAUGUGAUGGCCAUUUUCGGAAUCAUGGGCAUGGUUAGUGAGGCGUUAACCUCUUGCGCCGGGGACUAUCUAAAGGGGAACUUGAUGGUGGUGAACCUGGUAGCAGCUACGGUACUCAUUGUCAAUAAUAUUGUUGCUGCGUAUUCGACUUUUUUGACGGCCAUAUUUGUAUAUGGUGCCGUAUCAGGUUUUAGCGUAGGCUGUAUGGUGUACUUUUCCGUCAACUAUGAGAUCAUGGACGGAGAGAAUGUUGAUACUUUAUUCAUGACAAUGCGCUUCAGUAAAGGUAUCGGGGCUGCUGUAGGACCAUAUUUGGCGGGUCAUGUUCGUGAUGUUUCGGGAAGCUACUUCACAGUGUUUCUGGCAAUUGCUUCAUGUUUCGGCGUGUUUGCCCUAGGAACAGGUGUUCUUAUAUUUAUAAAUAAGCGGAGAAACCUUCAUGGUCUAGAACUGCUAAAGAGCGGCCAUACGAUGUUAGAGUAGUUAAGUUAAACUAUAUAGCACUGAUGAUGUGGAUAAUACUUUUUGUAAUUGAAUUUCUACCAGCAAAGUACUUUCUUUUUACGAGUGGACGACAGAGAGAUGACGUUGUUCUUGUGCACAGAUACUUUCUGGACAGCUAGUGAGUUAACCAGAGAAAUAUCAGAGCUAUCUAGUAAAACGAUUCUGUUAUGCGUCGGGUAAAGAUAACAACAGAAUAUUCAAUAUUCAGAAGAACUGGUCACUAAAUACCCAUAACCCAUUGGCUCAAGUGAGCACCACUCAAAGCUUGGGGUUUGGUGUAAACGCCAUUCACCUUUCCACAGGGCUAUAUAUUUGGUUCGACCAACAACAAACGUUAAGAAAAUGUUAUUCAGACGUGGAAAGCGUGGAGUGAUAUGAGCACCGCUGAAUAGCACUUCACGGUCGUCCGAUCCUACCUAUAUGACGGUUUACCCACAUCUAAUCGACGUAUGCGGUUCGUCGUGAUAAUAACCGACGAAGUGGAUGUGAGCUCGCUUUGUGAAUUUUCUUUUUCAGUGCGUCACGCCUUGCUUCUUCUGCUCUUUUCAGCCGUUAUUUAAUUAAGCAGUACAGUGUAGUAAUGUGGUGACUCAGAAACAAGCAUCACUUAAAGACGCGGUUUUUUUUUAAUUUAAUGAUAAGUAUGGAACAAUUUUGAGAAAUAAUUUGCUAUACCAACUAUAUAUAAAUAAUUUGUUUUGUUAAAUUUUAAAGAUAUGGGUGUAAGAAAUAUUAAGGACCAGGUUUAUAAAUAGUGUAAACAUAACCAUUUGAACAAUAAUUUAAUCUGAUA